UCUACCAGAGAGUCCUUCCUCUGAAGACGUCACCAGUGUGUGGAGCCUGCCGCACACCCACCCCCUGCCAAACCACGGCCUUUACCUGUGUCUUUCGGUGUUUCCCGUGCGACCCGUCCUGCGGGAGUGCCUCGUGGGCUGCCCCAGAGUUUGCCCCACGCUCAGCUGCACCAAUGGUGAAGAUGACGAGAUCCAAGACUUUUCAGGCAUACCUGCCCUCCUGCCACCGGACCUACAGCUGCAUUCAUUGCAGGGCUCACCUGGCCAAUCAUGAUGAACUCAUUUCCAAGUCGUUCCAGGGAAGUCAAGGACGAGCAUACCUCUUUAACUCAGUAGUUAACGUGGGCUGUGGGCCUGCAGAAGAGCGGGUGUUGCUAACAGGACUCCAUGCAGUUGCAGACAUUUACUGUGAAAACUGCAAAACCACUUUGGGCUGGAAAUAUGAACACGCUUUUGAAAGCAGUCAGAAAUAUAAAGAAGGCAAAUACAUCAUUGAACUAGCGCACAUGAUCAAGGACAAUGGCUGGGACUGACCUGACAACAUCCAUCCGGUCCAGCAUCCACAUGAAUGCCAUCCAACUGAACAUUCUACCCAAGCGUGAGAGAGUGACUCAACAAUUGGUUCCAUCCAUUUAGGGGCCUUGCCAUCAGGGGCAUCCUCCCACCCUGACGCCAUCUUUUUGGGUGACUGGCCUCUAAAUCGCUGUCUCUCUGUCUCUUUGCUUUGUAUCUGUUUGUGAGUUGAUCUUGGCUUCUCUGUGCUGAAAACAAAAGUACCGAACAGAACAGACCCUGGGCUGUGUGGUGGCAGUCCACCUUGGAAAGGCCCCAGCCUGUAGGAGAGUUGCCUAAUGGCCUCUUGUCAGAGCAGUGGUGCAUGGGCAUGAGGAGCAAAGACCAGCCUGAGAGUCCUGGGGGUUGGGGAAGGGACAGGAGGGUAGAUUGUCCUACUCCUGGGGACCUGGCUUGAAAUAAUUGACUUUUUCAAAAAGACAAAGAGAAAAAAACAAUACCUCAUGACUGUGUUCUCUCUGACAACAAACUUCUCUCCUAAUGUCAAAUGUGCCAGGAUAGCAGAUUAGCACAAGAAAUGGCCCUAAUUCUCACUGACAGGGCAAGACCCCAGCCGGCAUGCUGGGCCUGAGUUGGAGAAUGUCCUGCUAGGGUGAGCGGGGCAUAGGUAAAGCCCCAGUGGGUUUUAGUGACUCUGAUGCCCCUCCACCCCCACCCCACCUCUGGGCAAUCACCUUCUGGUCUCUGCUGUUGUAGGUGAAGGGAGAGAUGCAGAUGUCCCAUUUAACCAGCAACACACUGAAAUCCGCAAUGGAGGGAAGCCAGGGGGCACGCGAUGCAGCCUGGGAGCUCCUGGUAGUGAGCAGGAGGAGUAAAAACUGGGAACUAGUCAGCAAUUCUGUGGGAGUGAAGCAGCAGAGAUUCUGGGAGGACUAGCUGAGAUCUGAGCCAGCUCUGGCUUGCACAUCUGCCCUCACUCUGUGCAUGGGGUUAGCAGUUCUCUGUGCAUGGUGUUUCUGGUUUGGUUCUUGCUUUUUUUUCCCCCUCCAGUUCCAGCAUAACCUGGGAAACAAAGAUCCAGGAUUCCAUCCCUCAUGCCUCUCUUGUUAGAUCUGCAUGUCUUAUGAGGAUAACUUUUGACAGUGUGGUCCAGCAGUGGGGAGGAAUUAUAGAUUCAGUAAUGCCCCCUCACCCGUCUCCCCACCCACCCCAGCCUCCUUGCUUUAAGGAUGGGGAGGAAAAUCCCUGUAAGUCUCCUGAGAUGAAAAGGAACUCAAUGCUUUGAAUCAGCACUGAACGUUUUACAGCAGUUCAGCUAUUAUGUAGCUCGUGGCCGAACCUCGUCUGCAUUAAUUUCAUUUCUUAGGCAGAAAAUGAUGUUAAAAUACACACGUAUGAGGUAAUUCUCAACAUUCUUUAACUAGGCUGCUCCUACAGGAAAAUUCACCUCUUAAAAAGAGCCAAAUAAAAGAGAGUUCAUGGGGAUAAGAAACUGUAGAAUUGAUUAACCCAGAUUACAGGAUGUUUUCCAAAUGUCAUCUUCAGCAGAAUCACAUCCCCAGCAGGAGAGAGCUCUGGACGUGGUUUUGUCCCCCAUGUCCUGAUCUGGGAAUGGAAGAACUGAGGCUUUACCCUGUCCUGCUAGUGAAGAUGGCAGGGUGGCAGAAAGCAGGCCAGCUCUGUUUAGCAGCUGAGUGCUCCUCUUCUGGGACACAGGAAUUCCUAAAAAACAGGAUUUUGUUCUCAGGUCUCCUUGUCCAGAGCUCAAGCUCCCACCCCACCCCUCUGGACUGCAGGACCGACUGAGUUUUGCUUCCUGAAAAACCAACCCGUGGCUCUCAGGCUCAAGUUCCCAGUGACACACAUUUUUCCACUUUGACAUUCCUAAACUGGCUUGCAGGCUCUGAAGUCAUGCCGCCCCCCCCCCCACCCCAAUCCUGCCCCAGGGAAGUAGCCUUCAUUUAAGGAUUUGAUUUUAUACACCCUUUGCUCAGGGAAUAUCCCAGCUAAUCUACAAGUCCCUUUCUCUUUCUUUCUUUCUUUCUUUCUUUCUUCCUUCCUUCCUUUCU